AUGAGUUACAACAAUCCGUACCAACAAAGCAACCCGUACGCGGAAACGUAUGACAUGCAGGAAAACAUUGGCUCCACGACUCAGCACAAUGGCGGCGAUUUCCUAGAGUUCAUGAAUGGUAUCAACCAAAUCAAUGUGGAUUUGGACCAUUACUCGGAACUCGUGGAUCAGAUUGAUGCGAACCAGAAAAGACUUCUCACCGAAGUGAAUGAGGACCAGGAAUUGACCCUGAGACAGCAUUUGGACGGGCUUGUUUCCAGAGCUUCAGAUCUUCAAUACAAACUCAGAAACAGUAUAAAAACGGCCCAGCAGCAGGGAGCAUCGGACUCGAGCAAGCAGGCGCAGGCAGAAAACUCUAGACAGCGGUUUUUGAAGCUCAUUCAGGACUACAGAAUCAUCGAGGCCAACUACAAAGACCAGAACAAACAACAAGCGAAAAGACAGUACCAAAUCAUCCAGCCUGAGGCGACGGAGGAUGAAGUGGAGGCUGCUAUUAGUGAUGUGGGUGGGCAACAGAUCUUCUCCCAGGCGUUGUUGAACGCAAACAGACGUGGUGAGGCCAAGACCGCGUUGGCUGAGGUUCAGGCCAGACACCAGGAAUUGUUGAAGCUUGAAAAGACCAUGGCAGAGUUGACACAGCUUUUCAACGACAUGGAACAACUGGUUAUCGAACAACAGGAAAACAUCGAGGUCAUUGAUAAAAACGUCGAAGAAGCCCAACAGGAUGUGGAACAGGGUGUUGGUCACACCAACAAAGCGGUGAAGAGCGCAAGAAGGGCGCGCAGAAACAAAAUCAGAUGUCUAUUGAUUCUUGCAGCCGUCAUUAUUAUUAUCGUGGUCGUGUGUGUGGCCGUUCCUUUGGCAACCAAGCACUGA